GCUUGGGGCACUUGCUGAGUUGGUGCCACAGCCACGGAGCUGGGACCCCGGGGACCCCCUGCCCGUCUUCUCUCCAAUGCCCGGCAUGGAGGAGGCUGGUGAUUUCGACAACUACUACGGGGCAGACAACCAGUCUGAGUGCGAGUACUCGGACUGGAAGUCCUCGGGGGCCCUCAUCCCCGCCAUCUACUUGCUGGUCUUCCUCCUGGGCACCACGGGCAACGGCCUGGUGCUCUGGACCGUGUUCCGCAGCAGCCGCGAGAAGAGACGCUCGGCCGACAUCUUCAUCGCCAGCCUGGCCGUGGCGGACCUGACUUUCGUGGUGACCCUGCCGCUGUGGGCCACGUACACGUACCGGGACUACGACUGGCCCUUCGGCACCUUCGCGUGCAAGCUCAGCAGCUACGUGAUCUUCGUCAACAUGUACGCCAGCGUCUUCUGCCUCACCGGGCUCAGCUUCGACCGCUACCUGGCCAUCGUGAGGCCCGUGGCCAACGCUCAGCUGAGGCUGCGGGUCAGCGGGGCCGCGGCCACGGCGGGCCUGUGGGUGCUGGCCGCGCUCCUGGCCGUGCCGGUCAUGGUGUUCCGCUCCACCGGGGACCUGGAGAAUACCACGAGGGUGCAGUGCUACAUGGACUACUCCAUGGUGGCCGCCUCCAGCUCGGAGUGGGCCUGGGAGGUGGGCCUGGGGGUCUCGUCCACCGCCGUGGGCUUCGUGGUGCCCUUCACCGUCAUGCUGACCUGCUACUUCUUCAUCGCGCAAACCAUCGCCGGCCACUUCCGCAAGGAGCGCAUCGAGGGCCUGCGGAAGCGGCGCCGGCUGCUGAGCAUCAUCGUGGUGCUGGUGGUGACCUUCGCGCUCUGCUGGAUGCCCUACCACCUGGUGAAGACGCUCUACAUGCUGGGCAGCCUGCUGCACUGGCCCUGCGACUUCGACAUCUUCCUCAUGAACGUCUUCCCCUACUGCACCUGCAUCAGCUACGUCAACAGCUGCCUCAACCCCUUCCUCUACGCCUUCUUCGACCCGCGCUUCCGCCAGGCCUGCACCUCCAUGCUGUGCUGUGGCCGGAGCAGGUGCCGCGGUGCCUCGCACAGCAGCAGCGGCGAGAAGUCGGCCAGCUACUCUUCCGGCCACAGCCAGGGGCCUGGCCCCAACUCCGGGAAUGGUGGAGAGCAGAUGAACGAGAAGUCCAUCCCCUACAGCCAAGAGACACUCGUGGUUGACUAGGGCUGUGGGGAUCAGAGAGGAGCCCGGUGCCCUCCGCCCCACCCUGGCCUUUGCCCUUGCUCUCUGAAAGUCAGGUAGCAUGAUAGCACCUUCUCCCUUGCAUUUGACCCUUUUCCUCGCUCCCUGCCUCCCUGCCCCCCGGUCCUCCUUCCUCCUUGAGGUUUGUGGUUCAGUGGAAAGAGACUGAGUCCUGCGGACUCGCGCUGGCGCUGGGCCACUCGGUAUCUGUGAGAGGGACCUUGCUCGAGUCUCUUAACCCCCUUGAGCCUCAGUUUCCCCAUUUGUAUAAAACAGGGGAAGUCAGCCUGGCUCAACUGAAAUGUGUUGCCCCCACUCUUUUUCUUGGAUCUCCAGCUCUUUCUUUUCCCUCCUUUCUUCUGAUGUUCUCUCCCCUCUACUUGCCCCUGCUUUCCCCUCUAGCUGCACUUUCUGCUCCGAAUCCUUACCUGCUGGCUCCAACCCCCUCUCCUGGAGCAUACCCCCUCCCUCAAUCCCUUCUUCCUCCCCUGUUCACUUCCUGGUUGUGCAGGGCUCCUAAGGGUUAAGAAUCCUGAAGCUUGCACACAUGGCCCUGGCCCCAGCUCUGUUGGGCUCCCUGGAGUGCAGCGGGGACCUCGGCUGGCAGCUGGCGAGGGAGGGCCGGUGUCAGCCAAGUUAGCUCCAGGCUCUGCAGCUGGGAGCUGCGGAACUUUCCUGCAAGCUGGAUCAGUUCACUUUCAGGCACUAAGGAUUCCAGAAGGGGUCUCCCCUCUUGCAGCCCCUCCCAGAUGCCAACGAGAUGAGCUUUUUGCAGAUUUCCUCAGACCCUCUCUUCAGCCUCUAUUCCCUGUGUCCAUCGGAAGGCUAUGGGGUUGGUGCAGGGACGGCUGGCUCCUUGGUGUCAUAUAGGAGUGGGGAGUUGGGAAGAGAACGUCGAGGAAGAAGGGAGUCUGUAUUUAGUCUACAUGCUGCUUAGCUUACCUCUCCGAUUCCUCACCCCUCUAGCCCCUACAGGCCUCCACACCACGCCUGGCGUCCCCAGCCAGGACACUUUUCUUGAGCACUGGUGCAUCUGGGUGCCAAGAAUUAUGUGUGUGUGCAUGCAUGUGUGUGUGCGUGUGUGUGUGUGUGUGUGUGUGUGUACAUGGAAGAGCGUCACAUGUCACUUGGGUGAACUACCCCCCUACUGUCUACCACUUCUCCACUCU